AAACAUCCAAACAGACUGUGUGAAAUUGUUUUUUGCAUUUUGUGAAAAUUCGCUUCGAAAUUGAUUUGAUUUUAAGUGUUGUUUGUGAAAAAAAGGAUUGCGUGAAACGCAAAAUAUACGAUUCAAAUAAGAAAAAAGUCGAAUGGUAUCGGUUCUUUUUUUUGAUUUACAAAAAUACUUUGCCCUUUCACACGCAUCGAUAAACCAAAUGGAAAUGCGUUGAAUUUUUCUAUGCGAAAAUAAUUUGUGAUAUUUUAAUUCGAUUUAAAUAAGUCAUCUGCAAAAUGAGCACUUCAAAUAGUAACACACUGCCUGCCAAUAUCAAUGCAAACAAUCAAAGUUUGGCUGCUGAAGGUGUCGUCGAAAGAGGAAGUUGUUUCCUGUUGCGAUACGCGAGCCAAAAUUCAUUGGAUGAAAGUUCACAAAAUAAACUCCCGCGCUCAUCAAAGGAUAAAACGGCUGGCACAUAUCAAAAUGAUGAACACACUUUCAAAUGUUUCAAAGCGAUGAAUGAAAUGCGAAAAAAUAGUCUAUUCUGUGACGUCACAUUGAUUGCGGAAAAUAUGGAAAUUCCAGCCCACAAAAUGGUGUUGGCAUCAUGCAGCCCAUAUUUUUAUGCAAUGUUUUCUGGCACGGAUUUUGAAGAAUCGCAUCAAGAUAAAAUCCAUGUCCACGGCGUUGACUAUCACGCACUUCAGUUGCUUGUUGAAUACGUGUACACUUCAUACGUUGGUGUGACUGAAGACAAUGUUCAGACUCUCUUAACGGCUGCAAAUUUGUUGCAAUUGACUGAUGUUCAACAGGCGUGCUGCGAUUACCUACAAAUGGAAUUGGAUCCAUCGAAUUGUUUGGGCAUAAGAGAUUUUGCUGACAUUCAUGGCUGUGUAGAUCUGCUUAACUAUGCAAACACUUACAUUGAACAGCAUUUCGCUGAGGUCAUUCAAUAUGAUGAAUUUUUCAAUUUGCAACAUGAUCAAUUGAUUAAUUUGGUGAAAAGCGAUCAUUUGACCGUUGGCACAGAAGAAAAAGUCUAUGAAUCCGUUAUUGCAUGGAUUCAAUUUGAUAAACAGGAUAGACGCAAAUUUUUGCCCACUCUUUUGGAGCAUGUGCGUUUGCCAUUGGUGAGCCAAGAAUAUUUGGUGAAUCGAGUUGAGAAUGAGCCAUUGCUCAAAGAGGAUUUACUUUGCAAAGAUUUUAUCAUUGAAGCGCUAAAAUAUCAUUUGCUAAAAGGUGAUGCAAAAAAUAUAUUGAAAACGACACGAACAAUUCCACGACAACCGAUCGGAUUGCCGAAAGUUCUGCUUGUUAUUGGGGGUCAGGCACCGAAGGCGAUUCGAAGUGUUGAAUGCUACGAUUUGAGAGAGGAACAAUGGUACCAAGCCGCUGAAAUGCCAAGCCGGCGAUGCAGAGCCGGACUUGCUGUGUUGAAUGAUAAGGUGUAUGCUGUGGGCGGGUUCAACGGCAGUCUUCGCGUUCGCACUGUUGAUGUUUAUGACCCAGCUACAGAUUCAUGGUCAGCAACUUGCAGCAUGGAAGCACGCCGUUCAACAUUAGGCGUCGCCGUAUUGAAUGGAUUAAUAUACGCAGUUGGUGGUUUCGAUGGCGCCACUGGUCUAGAGAGUGCCGAGGUAUAUGACCCGAAAACCAACACAUGGACUAUGAUUGCAUCGAUGUCAGCACGACGUAGUAGCGUAGGCGUUGCUGUUGUUCACAAUCAAUUAUAUGCGAUUGGGGGAUACGACGGUGCUGUGCGUCAAUGCCUGAACUCGGUUGAACGAUAUAACGUUGAGAAGAAUACAUGGCAAAGGAUAUCCGAUAUGAAUGCAAGACGGUCUGGUUCGGGUGUUGGUGUUGUUGACAAUGUCCUCUAUGCUAUCGGUGGUCACGAUGGCCCCUUGGUACGAAAGAGCUGCGAAAAAUAUAGUUUUGAGACAGAUUCUUGGAGUUCAAUUGCUGAUAUGAAUUUCCGACGUCGCAACGCUGGUGUUUUGAGCCAUGAUGGAUUAUUAUACGUAGUUGGUGGUGAUGAUGGCAGUUCGAAUUUAAAUAAUGUUGAAGUCUAUUGUCUGAAAACCGAUACGUGGCGCAUAUUGCCAAGUUGCAUGAGCAUUGGACGCAGUUAUGCUGGAGUGUGUAUUGUGGAUAAGCCCAUGUGAAAACAACAGCAGAGUGCAGCAGCACGGUACGCAAAUUGUUGUGGAGAUGAUGAUAGUCAAGCAGAAGGUCUGUUUGACGCAUCGACUGGUGUAACACGUUCAGAUAAUGUACAUCGCAUUGCAAGCACCAGCAAUCAAAAUAAUCAAAAUACCAUUCGAAAUCCACACUAUGAGAAUAUUUAUGAAUCCAUUGAUCAAUUCGCUACUGUAAAUGCUCCUGCCUCUGCUGAAAAUCAACAUCAAAAUAUACCUGUUGCCGCCGCUGUAUCAGCAAACAAUGGUCGCAUCAACAUUCGUCCAAACCGAAACAACGCUAACAUCGCCAACAACAGCAAUUUCCAUUAUAACGCAUCACCAUUUCCACAUCCACGAAAUGGGGCCGCAUAUGAUGUGCCCCGUCAUGCACGAAACUAUUAUGCAUCAAAUAUUGGUACGGCAUGUCGUCGAGCCACAAUCGAAUCGAAUCACAAUCGAAUACGAUAUGCAAAUCGCACCUUUCGACAACGUAGUUUUGACGAUGCCGAAUCUUAUUCACCAAAUAAUAAUUUCCGAUAUGAGAAUAUUUAUGAACAAAUCCGUGAGGAGCCGAUUUAUCGAAAUAUCGGUUUGAAUCGUGGCAAUGCAGCCAAUCGAUUGUAUGGCCGUAUGGAUGUCAUUGGUCAUGGAAUCGGUCGUAUUGAACGUCAUUUGAGCAGUUCAUGCGGAAAUAUCGAUCAUUAUAAUUUGGGUGGAACGUAUGCCAUCUUAGGACAUAGUCAUUUGAGCACGGUUGGUCAUGUUUAUGCAUCGAACAAUGCCAAAGAGACGGCCGGUAAAAGUUCAAACUUUUUCAGCUGUUUGGGAAGAGAAAAUUCACAAUCCAUGAGCAACAUAUGCCGGGAAUCAAGUAAUAAUGGCAACAACUCAACAUCAGAACAAGCAACUGCGGCUGCAGCCGUACCCACAGCCGCACAAUCCACUUCACAAAAUGAAAAUGGCAAUAAACACACGGGCGCCAUUCCGAAGAUCAAGAAUAAAAUGCAAAAUGCAAUACGAAACACUGGCUCAAAUCCAUUACAUUCCACUGCAUUGAAUCGCAUUUCGAAAUCAUCAUUACAGUGGCUUUUGAUGAACAAAUGGCUGCCACUUUGGGUAGGCAAUGGCCCCGAUUGUAAUGUGCUCGAUUUUAAUUUCAUGUUUUCGCGCAAUUGUGACGGAUGUGAAAGAGAUGAUAAUGUAAUGCUCUAUGAUGCAUCAAAUUCGAAUGGCGGUAAUGUAUCAUUUGCAAAUUACCGCGGAGAUUUCGGCCAAGAUAAUUACUAUAGCAUAUCACGCCCAAUGCGUUACAAUAAUAACAGUUUGAUGCAAUUCAAUUCGCGACGCAUGUACGGACCGAUUCAACAAGCAAACUAUCGACCGCAUGAAGGGGAUAAUUCUGGUUAUGAUAUGUCUUACAAUUUCCGGACACAUCAACCGGAAAAUCCAUUCCGAAGAUGGGAAUUGAAUUCGGAAAAUAAUUCAUUUCGUCCGGCUCCCUCUGGACAGGUGCGAAGAAUCACCGAUGGUACCAUUCCAAAAUUCUCAAAUGGCAACCAUCAGAAUAAUAAUAGUCAAGUUCGUGUCGAGGUCACUCAUAACCCGACCGAAGCAAACGCACCAAGUACUUCAUCGGUCCCAAAUGCUCAGUCAACAUCAAAUGCUGGUAACACCAGUAAUGCUGAACCGUCAACUUCACAACUACGGACCGAUCGAAGAGCAUUUGAGAAUGUGACUUUGAGCAGCAGCACAGAGAGCACAUCCGAAGCUGCUGAGAACAAAGUUUUAUCACCCGAUUUGUCGACAGCGCGACGUUUCUCUGAAAAUACAGAGGACGACCAAUACAAUAGCAGUGGAAACUCAUCGAGCUCUGACGACGACGGAAAUGAUGAUACGAUUAGCGAAUUCAAUACAAAUGACAACACCGACAAUUCAGACAGAUUUAAUGAGCAAUCAAAUUAAUCCAAUUAUAAACCAAUUUUACACCAUCCAGCGAAUUCAUACGGCAUUCAUAUUAUAUUGAACAGUUAUUACACAUAUAUCCAUUCGAAUCACUUACUCAUUCGACAAAACUUUUAAAUUUUUUAAUGAAUCAUGGUUUGCAAUGGUCUCUUUUUUUCUCUCUUUCAAAAUAUCAUAUACAUAUAUACAAACAUAUUGUGUCACACAUAAAAUUCAAUUAUUAUAAUUAUGCAGAUUUCAUUCGAGUUCUAUUGUUCAUAAGAUUAUAGCAGGCUCAAAAUAUACACUAUUAAAAUCGUACGAUUCAAAAUGA